UGUUUUGUAACUUGAUGCAUUUCUUCUCAGAGACUCUAUCAACAUGGCUAUGGUAUCAGAAUUUCUGAAGCAGGCAUGGUUCAUGGAUAACCAGGAGCAGGAAUGUAUUAAAAGUUCAAAAGGUGGCUCUGCAGUACAUUCAUACUCAAACUUUGAUCCUUCAGCUGAUGUUUCUGCUUUGGACAAAGCUAUUACUGUAAAGGGUGUGGAUGAAGCCACCAUCAUUGACAUCUUGACUAAAAGAACAAAUGCUCAACGUCAGCAAAUCAAAGCUGCCUAUCAACAGGCAAAAGGAAAGAGUCUGGAAGAAGACUUGAAAAAGGUGCUGAAAAGCCACCUGGAAGAUGUUGUUGUUGCUCUUCUCAAAACUCCAGCUCAGUUUGAUGCUGAAGAAUUAAGGGCCUCUAUGAAGGUAAGGCAAAAAGUUGAGAGAAGCUUUUACUAAAGGGAAGUAAAUAAC